AUGAAUAAAAUGGGGAAAAAGCGCAAAACAAUUACAGACUUCUUCUCCACUGAUUUGGCGAAACAGAAGUCAAUGAAUGCCAACAAAAGGGUCGCAAAGCGGACACAACUGGACGUCAAUGAAGUGCUGUUUGUGAAGGAAGUGACCAAAUGUGUGGACAAGUCAUACAAAGAAGUGAUUAGUCUUAGCGAUAGUCAAGAGUCUGUGGACAAGAGUCUGCCAACAGAUUCGCCGCAAAAUGUGGUCAAAACAGCCGAAGACCAGAAACCGCCCGAAACACCAGAAGAAGCGCUGAAACGAGUGUUUGGUUUCGAUUCGUUUCGGUCUUCACUACAAGAAUAUGCCAUCAAAUGUGUGAUCACUGGUCGGAAGGAUGUCUUCGUGUCGAUGCCGACGGGCGCCGGAAAGAGUCUGUGCUAUCAAUUGCCGGCCAUCUGUGAUGUGAACAAACUAACGAUAGUUGUCUCACCACUCAUUGCGCUCAUCACUAAUCAGAUCUCAGCGCUGAAGAAGUUGCGGAUCAACGCCGAGACCAUAAACUCUCAUUUGACUGCAAACGAACAAAAGAGGAUCAGAAGUGAUCUGAUGUCGCAAAGAGUUGGCAUUAAAUUGCUUUAUAUAACGCCGGAAAUGGCGGCCACUCAGGGCUUCGCUAUGAUUGUCGAACAUCUGUAUAAAAGCGAUCAAUUGAGUCGAGUAGCCAUCGAUGAGGCCCACUGUGUCUCCCAAUGGGGACACGACUUCAGACCCGAUUAUCUAAAGCUGUGUCGACUCAAAGAACGCUAUCCUAAUGUGGUUUGGAUUGCAUUGACGGCAACGGCUUCGGAGAAAGUGGUCGCAGAUAUCAUCAAAUUGUUGAAACUUCGGGAACCGGUUUCCAAAUUCAUUUCUCCCAAUUUUAGGCAAAAUCUCUUCUAUGAUAUUGUUUUCAAGCAAAUGAUUAAAGAGCCGAUCGUUGAUCUCAAACAGUUUGUUUUGGACGAAAUCGGGCCCAAAGACCUGCCGCCCCCUAAAACAGAUAUGUUUUGCAGCGCUAAGACAUUGGUUCAAAAGCCAAUCGUGAAUAACAGUGACGUCGGAAUCAUUUACUGCCGAACGCGAGCCGCUUGUGAUGAGAUCGCCGACUCGUUGAGUAGGUUUGGGGUCCGAACGAUGGCAUAUCACGCGGGACUCACUGCUCAUCAGCGCAGGGAAUGUCAGGAGAAGUGGAUGACAGGAGCCGUCAAAUGCAUCGCCGCGACCGUCAGCUUCGGUAUGGGUGUCGAUAAGGCAGAGGUUAGGUUUGUUGUCCACUGGAAUCUUCCGCAAUCACUGACCGGCUAUUAUCAAGAGUCGGGUCGCGCGGGAAGGGAUGGAAAGGACUCCAAAUGCAGAAUUUAUUACUCAACUGAAGAUCGAAACACUAUUUCAUUUCUUAUAAAACAAGAUUCAGAAAAAAAGUUAACUCAAAGCUGUUCUACAAGUCGUGCAUCAAAUGAUGAAACGGACGAAACGAUGAAGAGAUUCGAGAAAAUGAUCAAAUAUUGUGAGUCUGACUCUCAGUGCAGACAUUCAUUACUUCUAUCGGAAUUCGUUGGCGACGAUAGUGUAGUGAAGACCGGAUGCAAAACAAGUUGUGAUGUUUGCACUCAUCCCAAGAGAGUCAAGAGAAGUGCCGACGAAUUCAGAAAUUUUAUGUUAAAUAAGGGAUUGAAAACGAAAAUAGAGUCUAAGGAUACGGAGCCUGACUUUGGUCUACCCAAACAUGAUGUGCCACAACACGUCGGCAAAGACGACAAACCCGACAAAGAGUUCUCAAUGACUGAUUUGAUUAGAAAAGAGUUCAAACGCAGAAACAAAACCACUUCCAGUAAUUCAAGUCAGGAUUCAAGAUAUAUGGGUUUUAGGAGUGCGACAGACGUUAUCGAACCGACCAAUGAUCGCAUCAAAGACGUGGAUCUCAAGACUCGCCACGAUUUUGUCAACCAUUUAAAACUAGACAUCACUGGACACUAUAAUCGAGUCGGCGUUUUGAAUGGCAUUCAACUCAACGACUCUCACAUCACUAGAAUUGCGGCUGAAUUUGAAUUAAAUGUUUAUAAAACAAAAACAUCGAAAAUUAGUUACAGAUCUACUGUCGCACAGUUUAUACGAGAACUCAACAAAUCGUCACAACAAUCACAGGUCCACUCUUACAUUCAGACAUUCAUCGACUCACAAAACAAUGGCUAA